AUGAACAAUCAGAGAGAAAGAACGCCGAUUAAAUUUGCAAACAAUAAUUAUAACAACAUUCAGCAGUAUGAGGAAAAUACUUCAUCGAUUCAAACACCUUAGAAAUCAAUAACCUUCCAAAAAUAAUCAAGCUCACAAUUCUAAAUUGGAGAGAGCCCUGCUAGUCCUGAGAAGUUUUACAACACAGCAUCUGAGGAAGCAGAUAGCGGUCUCAAAUCUGGAUCAAACACUUUGACUAAAACUAUGAGAAUCAGCUAUUUUGGCUAAACUGGUGAGGGUACUCCAAGCAAGUUGAUGUUUCAGAGAAACUCAAAUGCAGGAGUCAUAUCACCUAAGAACAGCAGAUCACCCCCAUCAAGAGCUUAGAAUGAAAAUGGGUAUAUGUCUAUGAACUCAGUUACUUAUUUGCAAUAGCUACAUGCUGCUGGUGGAGUCUCAGAUUAGAUGAAAUACUCCUCCCCUGAGGUUAAACUCUAGAGUAGUUACAACCGAACAUCUUCACUCAAGAAUAAAAGCAUAGAAAGAUUUAAGCCAAUUCCAAUAACAAUUAAGGGCGAUUAAGAUGAUUUGAGAGAGGAAAGUAAAACUCUUAUUGAAGCCUAGCUAGCAGAAAAGAAUGCUAAGUUAAGAUUCCUAUUAGGAGAAACAAACAAACCCUAUGCCAAUUAUUAAGAAGACCUUCUAAACAUAAAAGUUUAAAAAUCUGGCAUUAGCAAUAAUCUAGAUAAGCAAAGAACUAGUCAACUAUUGAAUUAAUAAAGCUCCAAUGAUAUUGAGGUUUGGAAAUGCUCGCAUGAUAAUGAUCCCUCAAAUACCAAUAUUAAAAAUGCCAAAAAAGGAAAGAAAAAGAGAGUAGUGAAAAAUAAGGGCAAAGUAGGAGAUAUAAGUUUCUAAGACUCAGACAUCGCUGAUGAAUUUGACUAUCAGUAUUCUAACACAUACACAUAAAGAUAAGCAUCACCAAUGUCAAGAGGAUUAAGCAGUCCUAAGCAGGAUUCUAUAAAUAAAUUACAAAGACGUGAGAUGUCUAAGACACCCAACAUGAGAUAGAAAUCUCUGGGGGAUGAUGAAGAUCCACAUCCCUUCCGCACAGGCAAUUUCGACUAAGAUCUAGAUGAGUUUGAGAAGUAUGAGUUUAUUAGAAAAACCUGCAAAGAAUACAAGAAUAGUAGUUUGAACUCGAAUGAUCAAAAGAUGUUUUAGCAUUCCUCGAGUCUUAAGAACCGUAAAGCUAACUUCGUGAGGAGAAUGAAUCAGGAUAUAGAAAGAAGAGAUAACAGAGAUAAGACAUUUGAUGAUAUAAAGGAUGUUAUAGCUAUGAGAUCUGACACUAAUAAUAGCACUUUCAAUAGAUCAACGUCACCUAGAAAGGAUAGAAUGUUUACUGCUGCGUCAUCUCCUGCAAGAAACAUAAUGAAUUCUACUAAUAAGAGGAGUUCAAUCAAUGGAGGCAUGUCUCCCAGAAAACUCAAGUAAAAAGAUGCUAUUGAGAUAUAUAAUAGACUUACAACACUUGAAUCUAAAAGACAAUAUGCAAUUGAAAUGAUGCAGGAAGCUAAGCUCAAGGAUGAGGAUGCUGAGUAUCUUAAUUCAACUAAAAAUAGAAGAAUUAGCAAGAAAGAUAAGAAGAACUGUGUUAGAAGGUUAUUUGAUGACGCCUAACGCAGAAAAGAUACACAUGAGCAAUAAAAACUGCAUUAACUUUAAAAAGAGUAGGAGUAGUUCAAGCAAGGCAACAGUAAACUCUUCUCCUCUGCAAAGAAAGGUAGCAACAAUAAUAUUGCUAUAGUAAAUUCUAACCUUAAAUCUCAAUACUCUUAUAAAAAAGAAUAGCAACCAUUAAAGCAGUUGAGCAAACAACACUCUAAACAAAACAGCCAGAGCAUGAAAUCAGAUCAAUCAAAGUCCUUCACAAACGUAAGAGAUGAAUACUCAUCUUCCUCGCACAUACAGUUCAACACCCAGUCUCAAAAAGUCCUAAACGCCUCCUAGAAUAUCUAUAAACAGCAAAGAAAUAAUAUGAAUAGCAAUGCACUCACUGGAGCCAUGAGUGCUGAAGAUAAAUUAGAGCUGUUUAGACAGUAGCAACUCUAGAUAUCUGCUCAGCUUUACAGUCAAAGAAGUAGCAAUAACUAAGAAGAUGACGACAAUGACCAUAAUCAGUAGUACGAGUAGCAAAUGAUUUACAAUGAUGAUAAUGAUGAUACCAAUCCAUAUUUGUACAACAAUGACUCUUAAGUGUCCAGAAAGAGUCUAAGCAUCAAUAACUAAUGA